AUGAAAUCCAUCUCCAUUGUCGCCUCCCUCCUUGCCAGCUCCUCCCUCGUCCUAUCCAAUACUAUCCCUGCUCCAACAUGCGGGACUUGCAAUCCUCUCUCCGGCCAGAACAACUGCGACAUCACCACCUCAUGCAUCAACACAGGAACUCGUUUCCACUGCGCCUGCCGUGCAGGCUACAAGGCCUCCGAGGAUAACAACGAUAUCACCAAGCAGUACCGUCUCAAUGUGCCCAAUUACCGGUUCUUGGUUUUUACCACGGAGUCCACCCGGUGUGACACCCUCUGUGAUAAUCCGUAUGGUGCUAGCCCUGACCUCUGUGCUGAGGUCCCCAUCCGCAAUCACUGUCCUGUUUAA